UGAUUUUCUGUGUUGACAUCUUCCAUGAAAUCGUAUCAUAACAAAUCACUCUUUUAUGGUUUUUAUACCAGUCCGAUUUCUUUGAAAGUCGAAUACGUUCAAUUGCAUCAGCUAAUCAUUUAGGACGUCAUGAAAUGCAGUCGUGUGUCGUAUGAGUCGUGGAUCGCAACAUUUGCUGGUGUCGUCUGGCCCAUCCUUCUCUAUUUAACUACAGGAAUAAAUACUACGCUGGAUAAACAUGUUUCUGGAGCGUUGACGCCGUGAAAGACCAUUGAUGGUGAUGGCAAAACAUAAACUCAUCCACUUCAGAUCAGAAUGUUUCACCUUCGGUGACAGCAGGAAAUUUCAGCUAUUUUCUCUUUUUGACCAAUAGUUUGCCUCACAGCAAAGAACGCAGAAAGAAUACAUAUGUCCAUACGAUCAGUUCGACUUGAAUUUCAAUUAAUAGGAAUAACUUUAUGAGUAGAAGCAGACGUUGCACAGAGUAAGGAUGGAUAGAUUAAAACUGCACCACAAAGAUUCAAACGAAUACAAACCUUUGGAAAAAGUAGAUGAUGCUUUGGGUGAAGAACAAACUAAUGGAAAGCAGGAAGGACAGAAAGUAAAGAAAAAAGGACUGACGCUGCUAACUGGGAGUAUUUAUAUUCUCGGUGAGCUCACUGGGAUCGGAGUGUUGGCGAUGCCAAAGGCUGUCGUUGACAUGGGCAUAAUCGGCGUCCCCCUACUUGCAUUUCUCUGUGUCAUUGCUACCUACACGGCAGUUACUUUAGCCCAGUGUUGGAACAUAGUUGAGGAACGGUAUAGCCUUCGCCACCAUGUCCACGAUCCUUACCCUACCAUUGGGUUCCACACUUUUGGAAAGGCUGGCAGGUACUUAGUGUCCGUGACCAAUGGCGUAUCUCUCGUUGGAGUUUCGCUCGUUCUUAUCAUCCUUGGUGGUGAAAUUCUUCAGACUUUGUUCAAAGAUACCAACAUCAAUACAUACAUUUGCUUGUGGAUGCUGAUAUUCUCCGCUGUGGUUUUGCCCCUCUCUUGGUUGGGGACACCAAAAGACAUGGGCUCUGUAGCUGUAGGCUCGGGCAUCAGUACCCUCAUAGCCUGUAUCCUGCUUCUAGUCAGCAUGGGCCUCACUAUUCUAAAGGCGCCAAGUCCACCGAAAUAUAACCCAGUCUACAUCGGACCCUUCAUGAUGGCCUUUGGAAAGGUGACCUAUACUUACUCUGGCCACAUGGGCCUACCGACCAUACAUAUCGAUAUGGAGAAUAGAAAGACGUUCUACAAGACUGUUAUUGUUUCUUUUUCUCUGACAUCCCUGGCCUAUCUGCCUGUUGCACUCAUGGGCUACCUCGUGUUUGGUAACAUUGCAGAUGACAAUAUCAUCACAACAAUAAAUAACUUGGAUCAUGGGACUCCCCUAAUCAUCGUUGUCCAAAUUUUGCUGAUGGUACACCUACUCACUGCCACUGUUAUUAACCUUAACCCAGUAUUUCAAGAAUCGGAAAAGUUUCUAAAAAUAGAGAAUGCUUUUGGAAUCAAGCGAGUCGCCUUCCGCUCUGUUUUUGUGGCCAUAGCCGUCUUCAUCGCCGAAACAAUACCAAGAUUUGGCAACAUUCUUUCUCUAGUCGGCGGGUCGACCAUGACACUGUUGGUCUUUGUACUCCCCCUCAUUUUCUACGAGAAGUUGGUGAGAAUGAAGGGGGAUUGGCAUGAGCGGAGCAUUUCCCUGCAUCGGCGAGUACUUAAUUACGAGAUCAUCGCCGUGGCAGUAGUAGCAGGGGCGGCUGCAACAUAUAGUGCAGCGUUAGCCACCUUUUCACCAGACACUUGGGUGCAGCCUUGCUAUGUCAAUAUCACUGCGUCAGAAACCCGUUAAGCGAACACAAAACAAGAAGGAAAAAAACAGGGCAAACAAAUCUUCGAUGCUUUGUAAUCGUGUUAUAUUCCCAAAGUGCUGUAGUUAUGAAUUUUGUAUGUUAACGCAACCCUACUUUGUAAAAUUGAACAUAUCUCCUUAAAAACAAGAUUAUCUCACUUGUCCUACUUACACAGUGCGACCGACAGGACAUUUGACAUGGACUCGCCAAGGCGCAAUGUGAGUAACCAAUGUAAGCAAGCCGCAAUCAAGGUAGACAUAUUCAUGCGCAUGCGUAACCAGAUGCAAAAUCUUAAUAUUUUGUUCGAACUUCUGUCGACCGCGGUUCUGAUUCAAAGCGUCAAAGGACACUUCAACUUACUGCUUUCCUUUUUUUGACUGAAGUUACCACUGAUUGAGGUCUGUAUCGUGCUGCGAGUAUUUUUACAACGAUCGUCGUGAAGAAAACUGGCAAAUCACAUUCGCAAUUGGAAAGAACAUGUGCAUUGGAAUCGCGGACACCCUCUCCACCAAGAAUAAUAGUGAAUCUGGUCCCAAAUGUGUCAUUUCGAUGCGACUUGACCUGUAGAUUAGGUAUACUUCAUCCUCGUCUCAUUAUAUAGUGUAAUGACGCUCAGUGCAGUUUCAAAUAAACUUAAAUUCCGUGAGAUUUCAAAAUAAAAAAACAGAUGUUUCAUCAAAACAAAAUACCUAUCGAGAUCAAAGCGAUUCAUCGUUAUUGGAAAGCAAGAUAAUCUAGCUUUUUACAGAAAUCAGUGACUUUUUAGAAGAAAUCAGUGACAAGUAAUUCCUCCUGCAACAGAGAUCUGCAUCAAAUCAAUUGUUCUCAUCAAAAUAAUCAACAGUUGCAACGUAUCGCGCGAAACCAGCAAGAGAAAAUAAUCUGGUGUGUUCUGUUGGGAACCAUGACUGGGAAAGCAAAAACACUGAUUAGGAUAAUGAGAAAUUUCUAAGAAAUCGUUCGCGAAAUUCAAGUCUAACAAAGUUGUCAGUUCGAUCAUUUGAAUGUUGGACACGCAUGAUGGCAUGAGGACUGUCUCGAGAACGUAAAUGUGACACUAAACCAGGUUCUGACAUGUCUGACGAUAGGUUGCCAAGCCCAACAUUGAUUGUGUUAAUGAAAUAUAAUUACCACCCUUUUGGACAGCUUUUGGGCAGUUGAGGGUUAACCAAAACUGAGAGCAUAUCAAAUCCGCAAACUGUGCGUGAUAUAACGCUGAAAAUGCGGGAUAUUGAUGAUAGAUACAUAAUCUGAUGGAUGUUAAAGCGAAACUUUUAUAUCAAUGCUGGUUUGGCAGUAAUUCUUCAAAAUAUGUGGAAAACGAUAUUCCCUCUCAAUCAAAUAGACUUGGAUGUUUUCACCCAAAAUCUGGGUUCAGUACUCAGACUGACAUUGUCUUCCAUUUCAUUAAGAAAAUUUUCAAAACAUUUUGAUAUUUUUAGAAAAUGUCCAAGUUGUCAUUUCGUGAUAUUUAGAAGAUAAAUGGUUAAUUAGCAUUGAUAUCGAUAUUUCGCUCUAGCAUCAAUCAAAUUAUUAGCUCACCUCUUGGGAGUUUUUACGAUACCCUGGUGUCCGUCGUCCGUCGUCGUCGUCCAUCGUCGUCCGUUUGCCUCCGUUUUCUUUUGUGCCAUUGAGCCGAGAAGAAUGAUAUCAUUCAUGGAAUCAAAAAUGGUGAAACUAGCAAGAAACUGUUCUCCCAAUAUUCACUGCAAAUGGCAUGCAUCACAUUACCCGAGGUAAUCACAUGGUCCCUGGACCAUUUCAUUUGUUAAUAGUGAAGCUGCUCAUGCAAAUGCACAGGUCUGUUUUGUAAGAAUCACAUGUACCAAUACAAAUAAUCCCAACUGAGCGUCAUAAAUCUAUUAAAGAAUACCGAGAUUUGCUCCAAGCUGCAUAAUAAUGCCUCAAUCAAAAGCGUCGUCAACACAUUAAACUGCAAAAUACGGGUAAACCCUUCAGUAAAUACUGUAAUUUGUGUUUCCUUAUUGUAACAGUAGGCGUAUCAGUCAAUUUAGUCAUUCUGAGUAAAAGAAACUGUUGAACGCGGAAUGGCAGCCAUAAAGUUGAUAAUUACUAAUAUUAUAAAACUUGUGCAGUGCACUCAGCACGGGUGUUUUGGGCGUAAACAUUAGAUAUAUGAUAUUUAAGUGGGUGAUCCCAACUAAAAAUAAUUUAUCCUUACAGACACAUGAAAAUACAAACGCAUACUUUUGUUACGUUUUUGUAAUUCACAUUCGAUCUGACUCCAUAUGAAUAAAGGCAUUUGCACCAGCCUGUACAUUCAGUAAAGGAUUUAGAGGAAACUCGUUCCGUUUAAGUCUCCCUACAAGUAAUGUCAUGUUAUUUCGAAUAGAAUGCCAAGCAUUUUUCAAAGCAAAACCCCAUUACAUCCAUAGAACAAAGAUCCUAAAACAUAACAUAUUGUUUAAAUGUUGAAAAAAAGAUUUACAAAGAAAGUUUAACAUAACACCAUCUUUUGUAGCUAUACAUGCAGUAAAGGUUUUAGAGGAAACUCGUUCCGUUUAAGUCUCCCUACAAGUAAUGUCAUGUUAUUUCGAAUAGAAUGCCAAGCAUUUUUCAAAGCAAAACCCCAUUACAUCCAUAGAACAAAGAUCCUAAAACAUAACAUAUUGUUUAAAUGUUGAAAAAAAGAUUUACAAAGAAAGUUUAAAAUAACACCAUAUUUUAUAGCUCAAAAUAGAAUUUUGUUGAGACUAGCUUUCGACAUCACCGUGUCUUGUUCAGGGUCUGCCCGAAAACAGCAGCCUCGUAUCCAACCAGACGAAGCAACAAUCCAACAUUGUUGCAGGAAUUGGCGAAGUUCUGAAAUGAGCAGGGAGGCGUUUGGUAACCAGGCUGAGAGAAAAGUUUUCCCCGCAUUGAAUACAACAAGCAAAAUAGUACAGUGAUUGUGGGCAGACAUGGAGAUCACAAAAAUUACACGACGGCAACUUCCUAUUCUCAAAUUUGUGGAUAAUAUUGUUGACAGAAUAUGACUAUGGGAUGAUAUAUUUGACGUCAAAGCAUCUCGGCAACAAAAUUGUGAGAUGUUUAAAUAUAUUGCGAACAAUAACAGCAUUAUUUUUUUAUGUGUGAUCACAUGGACAUAAUACGAUGCAGAUCAAGGCAUCUUUCUCAUGAAUAGCAACUUACUGAAGUUAUACGACACCAGUUCUUGUCAGAUUAUAUCAAUUAUAUCUUGGAGGUGGAAUAAAAUACCUACAUGUUUUGUAUGAAUAUAGGCAAAAACAAAUUCCUUCGAGUAAUACCUUUUUGAUACUGCUAAUAAAGUUCGUGACUUUAUGCACACUUGGUCUGAUGAUAUUGACAGGACAAAGACCAAUUCAACAUUAAAAAUCUUCCUGCAUUGUUGGAGCCGCGUGUCAUUUUAUUUUGUAUAUUUCAGACGCAUAUUGAGAUGCACUUCGGUAUGCUGAAUUGUCAUUAAGACAUUAAGUGCUAUGAAUAAUAACUAGUAACGACUUUUUUCAGUUAUGUAAGCUAAGGCCUGGCGUUUUCAGUAAAAGCAUUUACUAGUCCUCAAAACAUCGCCCAAUAUCCCGAUGCUCAACCAAAAGUAAAAUAGCCCCUACCUUCCCUCACAAACUGUAAAAAACAUGCAACUCAUCAAUAAAUUUUUUUCCCAAAUAUUUCAAAUUGGCUUUUACCCAUUUGUUUUCAGUCAGUGGAAUCCUGCCUGUGGUCCUCCUGCAAACAGGAUGUUCCCAUUAUAGCACUUGAGUUUGCCAAGAUUGACUUGCUUUACUCGACCAUUCCCCAGAUGAGAAAGGAGAAGAGUGGACAACUUUCUACUUUGUGAUAUUGAAAUUGUCUCCUGUUUCAUGUUUCUAUCUUCUUCUUUGAACAGUAAAUGGUUUAUUGAUUUUCUCACAGAGGAGUAUCUGUGUGUCUGGUGAAUAAAAGUGAGAGGUGUUAUGCGUCCGUUAAAUUGUGUAACGGCCAGUUGUUUGGACUGCCACCAUGUACAUGUAAGAUGCACAUCGGUGCAAUACUUUGCAUUCUUCUUUCAAUCUGACACAUUGUAACAAACUGAACACCAUAAUAUCAUUUUUGACUUUACCUGCACUCCGACCUUGAGGCCAUGGGACUUUUGACGCUGGUAAUAAAUGCUGCAUCAUAGCCGAUGUUUCUCUUGAUCGUGUUUAUUUUGGAUUUCGAAAAACUACAUUUAGCUGGUGGGCGAUAGAAAGUUUUAAAUAUUGUUCACAAAAGUUAUUCUCCUAUUGAAAUUGAAAAUCAUUUGCCAUGAUCGCUGCGUCAUAUCGCAGUUGUACUCUUGAAAGUUUGAAGUGCUUUGAUCACUAUCACCUAAAACGAGGAAAAGUUUUGUAAGUCGGUGAAUAGAACUUUCAAAAGUGUCGCUUUGCCUUAAUCGCUAGGAACAUUUGUUCCUCCAGGGUUAUAUUGUGGUGUAUUUCUGACCAAUCAUCAGAACUGGUGUGACGUAUUUUUCGUCUUACAUACAUGUACUGUAGUUGCGUGCGCCGUUCCUCAAUGAAUAUCAUGAGAUCGUGUUCCCUCAGUUUCAAGCUGACUGUACGCUUUGCAAGUUUUCCAUCAUGUAAAACGUUGGUCCAGUCCUACGACAGUUUUCCCAAUGACUUCGCGUUGAUGACUUCGUUUCUUUUACACGAAUUGGUGUUCAAAGCUUAAAUAUGCAUGUGUUCCCCUCAUCAUAAAUUUGCCACUGGCGCAACUCCCGACUUGUCAAUUUCUAAUAAAACUCCAAAGGCAAUCAGAUUAUUGAAAAUACUCGGAAUCAUGCAAACUCUUGGAAAGCAAUAAAUGUGGUGACGCGCUCACCGGGGACACUUGUAUGAGAAUGAAUUUUAAUUAACACCUGGGGUUCAGUGCGAUGCCUUGUUUUCUGUAAAUCCAUUCGGCAACCUUCACGUGUCCUUAUUCAUGCUCGGAAAUGGUGGGGACAACUGCUCGGCUGUACGGAAGUUACUGCCAUGUUGCUGGCGGGUGGAUGUUUACCAGAGUAGCCGAUUGGGUGCAAAAACACACCACGUGAUGUAAAGCGGUUUGUUUGCUGCUUCCUGCUACCAAUUUGCCAACCAAAGCUUUUGUCUAAAGAAUAUGACUGAGGGUAACAUUGAAUCCAAAGAAUUUUUGUGUUCAAACCUAAUCCUCCUCUGAAAAAAAUCUUGAUUCCGCAGUUAUUUUUUUUCAAGGGAACGUUCCUGAGAACAACUGAUGCUGUUGAGUUCUCUUUCGAUGCAAACUUCAUAAAAGGGAACUUUAAAACUCUUACGCAUAAAGAAUUGAAAAUAGCUGAAUUUCUUAAAACCUAUUAAAUAACCAAGUUCUCUAUAAAAAAAAACCCAUAUAAUUAAUGACUGAUAAAGGAAGAGGCAGACGAUCUGAAAGGAAGUGUGUCAGUGGUUUAAUACGCGAUAGCGAUGCUAAUCAAGAGUCUGGUUUCCGCAGAAGUCGGACCUAAAGGCACUAGUUCCGUUUGUAUCAUCUUCAGAAAGGAAAACAGUCUUUAAAAACCAUUGCGGAGCAAGCUGUAAAGGAUUCCUAGAUGUUUAUAAUGGAUAGUCUUGUUCAUUUUCCGUUACCGGUUUGUUUUAGAUUUGUGCAUAGUUAUAUCCGAUUCCUGUGUACAGGAGGUAUUAAUUUUGAAAUUGCUAAAUAAGAUAUCUGAAAAUGUAAAUGACCUUACCUGUUCAAUGGAAGUAGGCCUACUUAAAGAGAAAACGUUUUUCAAUUAUUUUUCUAAACGUAAACAGUUGAACUUAUUUGCUGAAGCCGGCAAUAAGGGGAAUCAUGACAUACCUGUAGCCAGGGCAUAAAAUAAAUACAUGUAGAGGCCUAUCGUUUAAGACUGAUAUUGACACUAAAUAAAAUGCCAAUGUUAGAAAAUGAUGUCGCAUUGGUUAUCCAUAUUUGUUCUUGACUGUUAAAUCCAUGGUUUCUAUCAUGGCUAAUUCAAAGGGAAUGAAAUCGCGAUAAAAAUACGAACUUCAAUGCUAAUGCGUUAGGUUUUCGAUCCCUCUUCAGAUUUGUAUGCAACGUAUGUCUGUUUCGAAAUAUGAUGCGUGGAGUUCGAAAUUUGUAAUUCAACCUCGGGGAGAUGAGCCUCGGCUUCGGUGUCACCCAAACAUGCCUGAAUUAGUCAAUGCAUUACUACAGAAAACGGCCUGUAGCAACACUAUCGAAUCAAGUAAAGUUGAAAUUGGACAUGAUACUGGGGUAUCAUACGUUAGUGUUUAUCUGUCCUCAUCCAUUGACGCCAUGCCUGACUUGAUCUCAUUUUAAACCCGACCGUAUGCUAACGUAUGCUUAGCACACAUCUGUUAAAUGUCAGAAUAAUGAAUGUCAACUUUAAGCUCGAUAACACUUCUGCCGCUCUUGGUCUUUAAAUGCGUCCUGUUCUUUUCGCCUUUUUCUA